AUGACAAGCCCAUUACGAAAAGGUCUACUAAAUCAGGAGACUUCUAGAGGUGACGAAAGAAAUGUGGAAAACAAUGGGAAGAGGAAGUUCAGUCGAGGAACUUCUGAGUACUUAACAAAUCAGACUUUCGUCGAGAAAGUAUCUGUUGAUGAUGAUUCGUCGGAAGAGGAUAUUGAUCCUGAUUUCAUUAUUGUUGAGAAGGAGGAAGAAAUUGAUCUUGAUGUUGUUAUCACUACGGAGGAAGAUGAGGUGGAGACUGAACCUAAUGUUGUUAACGUUACGGAGGAGGAAAAGUUGGAGGAGGAUGAAGAGGACGAGGAAAAUGAGAGUGAUCAUGAUGUUGUGAUUGUUGAGGAGAAGGAGAGUGAUCCUGGUGUUGUUAUUAUUACGGAAAAGGAGGAGGAGCAGUUGGAGAGUAAUCCUAAUGUUGUUAACGUUACGGAGGAGGAGGUGGAGACUAAACCUGAUGUUGUUAACUUUGUGGAAGAGAAGGAUGAGGAGAAGGAGAGUGAUCAUGAUGUUGUUUUGGUUACGGAGGAUGAGGAUGAGGUGGUGGAGAGUGAUCCUGAUGUUGUUAACGUUGCGGAGGAGGAGGUGGAGACUGAACCUGAUGUUGUUAACGUUGCAGAGGAGCAGGAGGAGGAGAGUGAUCCGGAUGUUGUUAUCGUUACGGAGGAUGAUGAGGUGAAAAAUGAUCCUGAUGUUUUUAAUGUUGCGAAGGAGGAGGGGGAUGAUGAGGUGGAGACUGAACCUGAUGUUGUUAACGUCGCGGAGGAGGAGUCGGAGAAUGAGAAGGAGGAAAGUGAUCUUGAUGUUGUUAUCAUUGAGGAGAAGGCGGCUUCUAUGUUGAAUGACAGGGGACAAAUCCAAAGAGUCCCCUGUCCUGCACAUGUUUGA